AUUUUCUGUUACUUUGCAGUUUAUACCACCAAAUGAAAUUGUCUCAAAUCAAAGAAAAGACUAUCUGGUUAGGGAAAGUGGAUGCCUGCUCAAAGAAUUUAGACAUCUGCUCACAGAAAAUGGAUGACAAGGCCACAGAAUUGGCGCAUUGUGAGAGGAAACUACUGGUGAAUAAUGUAAAGGGAAGGAAAGCAAGUCUGAAUGUUCUCACUUCUUGGCUUGCUCCAAUCAUCUGGGAUGGAAUAUAUAAUUUAAACAUUUUAAAUGAGCAACACAAGGACACCAGAAUAGGACUGUUUGUAUUUGCUGUGAAAAAGUACAUUCGGUUUCUUGGUCCAUUCCUGGAAACGGCAGAACGUUUCUUUAUGGUUGGCCACAAUGUUACGUAUUACGUUUUUACUGACAAUGUCAAUAAUGUAUCUAAGCCCAAAAUGGGUGAAGGUCGCAAUCUGCAGUUGCAUGAAGUGUCCGCUGACAAGCGAUGGCAAGAUGUGUCCAUGCGACGAAUGGAAACCCUGACCGCCAUUACAAAGGAACGGAUGCCAAAUGAGAUUGACUACUUGGUAUGUGCUGAUGUGGACAUGGUCUUUAAUGACCAUAUGGGAGUGGAAAUCCUUGGUGACCGAUUUGCCACAAUCCAUCCACAGUUGUUCCUUAGUGAUCCAAAACAAUUUACAUACGAGCGACGGACCAUUUCUGCAGCUUACAUACCUUAUGGUGAAGGGGACUUUUAUUAUAUGGCAGCAUUAUAUGGUGGGAAGGUGGAAGAAAUGUACAAACUUAGCACAGCUUGCCAUAAUGGGAUCAAGGAGGACAAGAAAAAGAACAUUGAAGCCAUUUGGCAGGAGGAAUCCCAUUUCAACAGAUAUUUGGUAUACAAUAAACCUACUAAAGUACUUUCUUCAGAAUAUAUUUGGGACACAGGUUUGGUCAAUGGCCAUCUAAUUAAAAGGAAGAGAUUUUUAGCAGUGCGUAAAAACCAUGAGGAAGUAAGAAACUAAAAUGCUCUCACCAAUUCACAUGGAACCAUACAGUAUGUCACAAAAGUAAGUACACCCCUCACAUUUUUGUAAAUAUUUUAUUACCUCU